AUGGCCUUGGGGUUCUUAAGAGCUAGGAGACGAGAAGCAUUUGUGUCCUUCCAUGAUGUAGUUGUGGACUUUACCCAGGAUGAGUGGAGACUGUUAAGCUAUGCUCAAAGGACAAUGUACAAGGAUGUGAUGCUGGAAAACUACAGUAACCUGGUAUCCGUGGGAAUUCCACUCUCUAAACCAACACUUGUCAUUCUGCUAGAGCAGGGUGAAGAGCCUUGGAGAAAUAAGAGAGAACAUCUGCUCAACCCCUAUUCAGCAAUUCCCAAAUCAGGAAGUCAAUCAUAUUCUUCCUCCACUCUGGAUUUCUGCAGUCAACAUCUCUGCCACCAGGAUCAUCAAGCUCCGGUCCUCCCAGGCGUAUUUGUGGGAACUCUCCAACUAUCAGAUCUCUGCCUAGCAUAUCAGAAGCAGCCACAACAGCCACUCUCUUCUGAAAGUGCCUGUAGUGACAGAGUGGAAGGAGAACACCGAGGUAAUGACUCCAAAACCUUUUUUCAGAGGACAAGGGAGAGGGUUCCUUCAAGAACCUUCUCAAAGGAAGGCAAGGCAACAGUGGAAAUAAAGUUCAGUUCAGCUGAGAAAGCAAGCCCUUUAGAAACUGACAAAAUACUAAAGUGGGUAGGUGUCUCUGGAUUUGAAGUAGUCAGGUGUGGAAAUGGUGACCUAGGUUUGCACCAGAAAUCAGCCCUCUUCGUCCAUCACAGGAACCACUCAAGGGGAAAACCUUAUUUUUGCUGUGAUUGUGGUCGAAGUUUUAGCUAUAAGUCAGCCCUCAUCACACAUAAGAGAUCACAUACAGGAGAGAAACCUUAUCUCUGCACCGAGUGUGGGCAAGCCUUUAGCCAGAAAUCAAACUUAAUCACACACAAGAUGGCACACUCUGGGGAGAAGCCCUUUGCUUGUGAGGAGUGUGGGCGGAGCUUUAGCCAGAAGUCAACCCUCAUCCGACAUCUAAGGACACACUCGGGAGAGAGGCCCUUUGUGUGCCAGGAGUGUGGGCGAGCUUUUAGGGAUAAGUCAAACCUUAUCACACACCAGAAGACCCACUCCUGGGAGAAGCCUCACAUGUGCAAUGACUGUAGAAGGCUAUUUAGAGAUAAGUCAACGCUCAACAAACACCGACAGAUUCAUUCAGUGGAGAGCCCUCAUCUGUGCAGUGAAUGUGGCCGGAGUUUUAGUCAGAAGUCGUACCUCAUAAAACAUAAGAGGAUACACUCUGGUGAGAAACCUUUUGUGUGUCAAGAGUGUGGGCGAGGCUUUAGUGAUAAGUCAAACCUUACCACACACCAGAGGACACACUCAGGGGAGAACCCAUAUAUGUGUGCAGAGUGCGGACGAAGGUUUAGUGUGAAGUCAGCUCUCAUUACGCACCAGAGGACACACUCAGGAGAGAAGCCUUACCUGUGCAAAGAAUGUGGGCGAGGCUUUAGACAUAAGUCAACUCUCACUGCACAUCAGAGGACACACUCGGGUGAGAAACCCUUUUUGUGCAGGGAAUGUGGACGAUGCUUUAGACAGAAGUCACACCUCAUCAGUCAUGAGAGGACACACUCUGGGGAGAAGGCUUAUGUUUGCAUGGAAUGCGGACAUGGCUUUAACCAGAAAGCAAAUUUAGUCAGGCACAAACUGUCCCACUCAAAGGAGAAACCAUUUGUGUGUAUGGAGUGUGGGAAAGGCUUUAGUCAAAAGUUAGCCCUCAUGAGACAUCAACAGAUGCAUUCUGAGGAGAAGCUGUAUGUAUGCAGGGAGUGUGAAUAGGGCUUUAGUGAC